GCUCCUUAAAGAGGCCGAGGAAACUUCUCCAAAGUCUCUCUGGGACUUUGUUUGGAGAAUAAGAGCGGGCGUAGAGGUUGGAGGGACCUGAGACGCAAGACCAAGACCAAGACCAAAGACAGGAUGAAGACUCUGCUGGUUCUGCUGGUUCUGCAGGCCUUGACGUUUGCGAGUGCACAAAAUGCUGGCAGUCGGUUCACGCGUUACAAGUCAUGGAACUCCCGCAUGUACCCCGUGUGGAAGGAGGGGGACCCAAGGUUUAGGAACUGCUGGGCGGGCGGGGAAGUCACAUUCGAUCUGAAGAACGACGCUCCCACGCUGGUCGGAGCCAAAGCCACCUUCCAUAUUCGCCUGAACUUCCCCCCCAAUCAGACGGCGCUCCCCAACGGGCAGGUGGUCUGGACACGAAACUGCACCGUUAAUGGUAAACAUUACCAGGAGGGCCAGUCCGUGUAUCCUGACCAAAACACAGAGCAGAGCGCGGUCUUCCCUGACGGCACACCUUUCACUGACGCCCGGGACAAGAAACCUCACUACGUGUACGUGUGGAAAACGUUGGGGAAGUACUGGCAGGUGGCAGAUGGACCCUCCUCCUCCCUCACCGUGGCCACAGACAACGUGGCCCUGGGCUCCUACAGCAUGGAGCUGGUCAUCUACCACUGCCGGGGGAAGAACAAGUUCAUCCCGCUGGGCUACGCCUCCACGGUCUUCACCAUCACAGACCAAGUCCCCUUCACCGUGUCCCUCAGCCAGGUCAGUGACAUCAACCAGGCCGACUCCAACUUCAUCCAGAACCGGGCCAUCGCCUUCGGCGUCAACCUCCACGAUCCCAGCCAGUACAUGAGCGGCGCCGACGUCAGCUUCAGCUGGGACUUUGGAGACGGCUCCGGGACGCUCAUCUCCAGGGAGCGCACGGUCACGCACACCUACCUUUCAGUGGGCACCUUCAAACCCCAGGUGGUCCUGAUGGCCAGCAUCCCCAAUGGCUGCACGGCACCCUCUGCUGUGGUUCCUGUUGACGCCUCUGCUGCCUCGCUCGUGGUGGUGACACCUGCACCUGACCCAGCAGCAGAUGUUCCUGCUGCUGAUGCCGACCCAGCAGCCGCAGUAGCAUCAGCAGCAGCAGAAGCAGAAGCUGUUCCUGCCGCUGACACCAACCUAGCAGCAGCAGAAGCAGCAGAAGAUGCAGCAGCAGAAGCAGCAGCAGGUACCACAGAAGAUGCAGCAGCAGAUGCCACAGAAGAUGCAGCAGAAGAAGCAGCAGCAGAUGCCACAGAAGAUGCAGCAGCAGAUGCCACAGAAGAUGCAGCAGCAGAAGCAGCAGCAGAAGCAGAUGCCACAGAAGAUGCAGCAGCAGAUGCUACAGAAGAAGCAGCAGCAGAUGCCACAGAAAAUGCAGCAGCAGAUGCCACAGAAUUUGCAGCAGCAGAAGCAGAAGCAGAAGCAGCAGCAGGUACCACAGAAGAUGCAGCAGCAGAAGAAGUGGAGGCCGCCUCUGUUGCACCUGCAGGAAUCGACACAGCCAUCGUCCCAGCAGAACAGGAUGCAGCUUCCACCGCUGCUCCAGAGGAGGCGGAUGGCGAGGUUCCCACCGCUGAGGAGACGGCAGAAGACGAAGCAGCAGAAGACGAAGCAGCAGAAGACGUGCCUGCGAUCGCCGCCUCAGCAGCACCAGUGGCCGAGGGAGAGGAAGCCGCCGUCGACGCGGCCGCUGCGGUUCUCCCGGAGGAUGUGGACGCUGCAGUCAGCGCCGCUCCAGAAGUUGCUGCUGCAGACGCUGAUGAUGCUGCAGAGCUGCUCCAACCUGACCCUGAAGCUGAUGGUGGAGUUCCUGCAGCCACGGAGAGCACAGCUGGAGAAGAAGCAGCUGAUGCCGAGGCUGAAACGCCUGUGACUGAUGACAACCUUGAAGAUACUGCCGCUCCAGCAGCAGGAGAUGAGGAGAUGGUUCCUACUGAGGUCCAAGCUGAAGGAGAAGAAGUGGCUCUGGUUGUUGUCAAGAGACAAGCAGACUUGUCAGCUGACUGCAUGGUCUACAGAUAUGGCUCCCUCACCACCUCUGUCAAUGUCAUCCAGGGCAUCGAGAGUGUUGCGAUAGUGCAGAUGUCCAACGUGGUUUUGAUGACCAGUCAGUUGGAUCAGAAUGCUGUGGACGUCACCAUCAGCUGCCAAGGAAGUUUACCUAGCGAGGUCUGCACGGUGGUUUCUGACGCCGACUGCGUCACACCCGUGGAGAGCGUGUGCAGCGUGGCCGCGCCCUCUCCCGACUGUCGCCUGGUCCUGCGCCAGUUCUUCAACGACUCCGGCCUCUUCUGCCUCAAUGUCUCCUUGACCAACGACGUCAGUCUGGCCAUGGCGAGCGCUCGGGUCAGCGUGGCAGUCGCCUCCGCCGGCUCCUCAGCGGGAACUGCUGCUUCAGUUCUGGGUGUGAUGGUUCUGGCCUGCGUGGUCUGCUGCAUUGCUUUGAUGUACAGACGCUUCAAACAGUACCAACCACUGAGCGGCGACAGCAAUGGAAACAGCUCGUCAGUGACGUCGGUGCCGUUGCUGCUGUGGAACCUUCUGAUCCGACAAUCGCCCGGAGAGAGUCGCCCACUGCUGCAGGGCAGGAUUGUGUGAAUGUUAUUCAGCUGUUUCCUCUGUCAUCAUCUUGAAAUGCACAAGAGAGCCUCUUUGAAGGACCCAUGCUGUCAUAGAUCUGGAAAUAAUACACAUAAAGUUUGCUCCAAUAUUUGAUCUAAAGUUGAAAUUCAGUCUGUAUUUGUUCAUUUGCCUUUUUGUAUAAUGACCUCAAUUAAAAAUAUUUGCUUCCAAAUGUAAUCAAAGUUCCUAUUUCA